AUGACGAUCGAUAAGAGUUGGAUUGCGAAAAACAAAAACUCUACAGAAUUUUGGAAUGGUUUGCAAUCGUUUCUCGUGAGGUGUAGGGACCACUUGAACUCUGAAGGUAGAUGUCGUUGCCCGUGCAGGAACUGUAUAAACGUUGAAUUUGGUACGAUCGAUGAAAUUGAACGUCAUAUACAUUCAAAGGGUUUUUGCCGAGCUUAUCAAACAUGGGUUCAUCAUGGUGAAUCUUUUGAAAUGCCGAGAACAAAUACCUGGGAGAAUAUUCAGGAGAAUACCGCCAAUGAACACAACGCCAAUAACGGAGAUAAUAGUAACCAGUCAACUCGUCAAGGUGAAAGCUCUCAAAAUGCUGAUCUUACUGAGUUAUUUAGCCUUGCCGAUACCGAGCUAUACCCAGAUUGUGACUCGAUGUCUUCAUUAGACUUUGUGGCCAAGAUUUCCCACAUGAAAGCCAUUAAUCAUUGGACUGAUAGUUCCUUUGACCAACUUUUAGAAUUUUUUAAAUUUGUAUUACCCAAAGAAAACAAAGUCCCUAAGUCACAAUAUGAAGCUAAAAAGUUAAUGAACAAGGUCGGUUUAGGAUAUCAGUCCAUCCACGCUUGUAAGAAUGAUUGUUGUUUGUUUUGGAAACACAACGAAAAAGAGGAGAAAUGUCCACGUUGCAAGGAGAGCAGAUGGAAAGAAAAUAAGACGAAGGGGAAAAAGGUUCCUAACAAGGUAUUGCGUUACUUUCCUUUGACUCCUAGAUUAAAACGCAUGUACAGCUUUAAAGACGAUGCAAAAGCUAUGACUUGGCAUGCCACUGGAAUGUGUACGGAGGAUGGUAAGAUGCGUCACCCGGUUGAUGGUAAAGCAUGGAAAGAUUUUGAUGAACGGUAUCCAGAUUUUGCAAUAGAACCUCGAAAUGUCAGAUUAGGAUUGUCUGCUGAUGGUUUCAUUCCAUUCGCUAAUACGAGUAUCCCUUACAGCAUGUGGCCGGUAAUAUUAACUACAUACAAUACGCCCCCAUGGUUGUGUAUGAAAGAGACUUCAUUGAUGUUGACAUUGUUAAUUCCUGGGCCUAAAUCAGCCGCGAAAGACAUUGAUAUUUAUUUCGAGCCAUUGGUUGAUGAAUUGAAAAGUUUGUGGUCUGAAGGAGUUUAUACAAGAGAUGCUGCUACAAACGAGGUCUUCAAAAUGCGUGCCAUGCUUUUAUGGACCAUUAGUGAUUUUCCUGCUCGCAGUUACUUGUCUGGUUGGUCUGGUCAGGGCUACUUGGCAUGUCCUACAUGUAAUGAAGACACUCCAUCGACUCGUGUGAGGGGAAAAAUUUCUUACGUUGGUCACAGAAGACAUAAGUGGAGGAUGAACAAGAACUUCAAUGGUAAAAUAGAAACUAGACGGCCUCCGAAUGAUUUCAGCGAAAAUGAUAUCUUAUCGCAACUAAACAAGUUGCCGAAACUUAUGCCGGGGAAGCAUCCUAGUUAUGGGGGUAAGAAUUUAAAAAGAAAACGUGAAGAAUAUGAGUUGAAUUGGAGUAAACGUUCUAUCUUUUUCGAUCUCGAUUAUUGGUCUUCUCUUACACUGAAACACAACCUCGAUGUCAUGCACAUCGAGAAAAAUGUAUGUGAGAGUUUGUUAGAGACCUUGUUAAUGAAUGACAAGUCCAAAGACACGAUCAAUGCAAGAAAAGACUUGAAAGAUUUGAAUAUUCGUAAAGACUUGUGGCUCAUUGAAAGAGGUGGCUCAACCCAAAUUCUCUUUUACACCUGA